AUGUGGCUUGCAAGAUCAUUAUUUGAGUAUUGAGUCGUAAAUAUUUCUGGCUACAGAAGAAGUUGCAGUGAAAGCUGGCGAAAUAUUAGCAAAAGCACUAUUUGCUGGGGCAUUUAUCAAAGCUGGAGUUGUUUCAGUUGAAAUAGCUGUGAUGAUCCCAAGUUUGAAGCAGUUAAUGAGUAUUGGGAAGUGAAGUCAGAUUUUGCUUUGGCUUGAUUAUUAUUUAGGCUGGAAAACUUAAAUAAAAAAAUAGAGUGGAUAUCUGCUAUCAGAAAGAACAUUAUAAUUAAACGUUGCUAUAGUCGAAGAACUUACCCAAUAUUCUCCUUGAUGAACCGACGUAAAUCAGUCAUGAAAGAUUAA